AUGCCGACGGGUCAACCCCUCGAGGCUAUCGCCGUGACCGCGCUCCCCGCGGGCGUGCCUCGCUCUAUCAAGGUGCUGCGCACCCAAACCGACCCGCAGUUUUACUUCGCCUUCGACGAGCUCGACGAUGACAUGACCCGCAUGGCAAGGCACCUGAUUGUGGAGCCGACGCUCACGCGGACGUGGCAUGAGCUGACGAGCGAGUGCUGCCGGCGACAUGGCACCGUCAUCGACGUCGGCGCCAACUACGGUUGGUACGCGCUGUACUCGCUCGCGCUCGGCUGCCACGUGAGCAUCUUCGAGCCAGUUCCAGCGUUUAUCGAGAUUCUGAGGAUCGGGCUGCUGCUGAACAAUGGGUUUGCGGAGCGCGCGACCAUCUACCGCAACGUGGUGAGCAGCUCGCCGGGCGAGUACACCCUGCCGGUGCCCAUCCCUCGGCCCAUCGGCUUCCCAUACUUGAAGAAGCUCGGCAUGACCGGCAUGGUGGGCGAGCACGGCGUGAUCAAAGGGUACGACGUGCAGAGGUUCCGGCACUACAACGUGACCGCACGGAGCGUGCGCAUCGACGACGAGCUACGCGUGUCGCUCUCCGCCACGCGCGACGUGUGCAUGCUCAAGCUUGAUGUGGAGGGAUAUGAGCCGCAGGCGCUGGCGAGCGCCCGGAGACUGCUCUCGGAGAGGUGUGUCCUCUCGGUCCAACUGGAGAUGACCCGGCGCGAGGCAGACCUUGCGCGCAUGGCGGCGGCCGGCGGCUGCUCCCAUCGCACGCAGGCCGCGCAGAGCGAGCGCAACAUCGCCAUGCUCAGCGACCUGUACGAGAUGGGCUACACGCUGCGCGUCAUCGGCAAUGCGAUCAUCGACUCGAACUAUUCGCUCCCGGCCGCACGCCGCUGGAAGCACCUGCACACCUGGCGCGGGCUUCCGCGCCUGGUGGCGUCUGGAGCGCCCGCCCACCUGCCGGCCAUUCGGUGCGCCUACUGGCAGGUGCUCGACUUCAAGUCCAUCUCCACCAACCUGGUCUCCAUGACGGAGGGCAUCAGAAAGGAGAUGAGGCGCGUCUCAUCGUCGAGCAAGGCCUUGGUCGCUACAAUCGCGUCGCACGUCGUGCACGACGGCGAACCUCUGCUCCUGACGGGCGUGUGUGUCGAGGGCGCUGAGGCGCUCGAUGCCGCAGCGACGGCACCGAUGAGCAGCAGGGCAUUGCCAUCCUCGGCUGUGCGCCGGGCGAUGCCGUUUGCGGCGAGGAUCGCUGCGGCGCUGUGA